GUUUCCGUACCUGCUCUUCAAACGACGACACACAUUGAAUCUCUCCUCCUUUUACCACCUUACAGAUUUCUUCCGAUCCUCUCCUCGUCUAUCUUUUCUUCUCUUCUCCCGCUUUAGAUUCUUUUUUUCUUCUGUAAUCUCUGCUUCUUGCAUUUUUAGUUCAUAGAAACAUAUAUUCCAUUUGAUUCAAUUCAUUUUUGGCUGUUUUGUUUUGUUUUUCUAUCUGGGUUCUUUGGUGAUCUCAAUUUUUUUGUUUUCUGUCAUUCUGGUUUCACGCCACAAAGGCUCUAACCUUGGAGGCUGAUUUUGGGCAUUCUUUUGAAGGAUGCUAACAAUAUGAUGAAUCAAGGAGGUAACAUACAGACUGUAGCUGCACUGGACCCUAGUUCUGCUCAGGUCAAGAAUCGUUAUGUUGUUGAUGAAAACCAAGCACAGACAUCUUUUUAUCCUUCUGCAGUGACCAGUUCUGAACCUGCAUCUUGGAACGUGCAGAGUGUGGCAAAUCACUUCACUGAGAAUGGAAACAUUUCAAAUCCCACUUACCACCAUGUUCAGUAUGUGGAUUCAUCCACAAGACAAGAUGGAACAAAUUCAGCAGCUGUUGCUACUUCAUCAAGUUUAGCAACAACAAAUGUCCAACAAGAUUACAGUAGCUAUGCAUCAUACCCGAGUUCUACUGAUCCUUAUGGGUAUGGGUCUGCAGGAUACCCAGGUUACCAUAACAGUUAUCAGCAACAACCUAACAGUUCCUACUCUCAGCCAGUAGGAGCAUAUCAAAAUACAGGUGCUCCUUAUCAGCCCCUUUCCUCAUUUCAGAAUACAGGGUCUUAUGUUGGGCCUGCAAGUUAUUCAAGCACUUACUACAAUCCUGGUGAUUAUCAGACAGCUGGAGGUUACCCAAGUAGCAGUUAUAGUCAUCAGACGACGACAUGGAAUGGAGGCAAUUAUGCAAAUUACACAACUCCCCAAUAUUCAAGCUACACUGCAGACACAACUGGAGCUUAUGCUUCUGUUAAUGUUGCUUCAACAUCAUUGCAUUAUCAACAGCAUUACAAGCAAUGGGCAGAUUAUUACAAUCAGACAGAAGUCAGUUGUGCUCCUGGGACAGAAAAUUUGAAUGUUUCCACUACAUCUAAUCAGGUGUGUCAGGUUCCUGGUGUUAGUGGUGGAUAUCUUCCAACUUCCAACAGCCAAACCACCCCAUCUUUUACCCCAUCUUGGAGGCCAGAGUCUAGCUCAUCUCAAACGCCUUCUCUAACACCUUCUCAAACACCCUCAUUGCAGCCUAGUGUGGCAGUUAGUGGUGCUUAUGAUAAUUACUGGAAACAUGGUGCUCCUAGUUUUCAAAAUCAGCAAGCAAGUCCUAUGCGGCCAUAUUUUCAGAAGCCCUUGGAGUCAAAAACUUCUUAUGACAACUUUCAGGAACAACAGAAAGCUGCAUGCCCUCAAGGUCUCAAUUUACAAUAUCCUUCUGCUCAUCAGGCACCUCAGAGUUGCCAUCAGCCCAUGCAACCACUUCCAUCAUUAGAUGCACAGAGGACAAGCAAACUUCAGAUACAAACAAACCCUAGAAUUGCUUCAAAUUUGCCACUGGGUUUGCAAAAAACUGAUAAGGAUAGCUCUAACAACAAUGCAGCAGCUAAACCUGCUUAUAUCAGUGUUUCAUUCCCUAAAUCCAAUCAGAAAGUAUUGCCCAAUGAUGCAGCUGAUUCUGUACUUAAGCCUGGUGUGUUCCCUAAAUCAUUGCGGGUGUAUGUUGAAAGGGCAUUGGCUAGUUGUAAAGAUGAUACACAGAAGGCAGCUUGCCAAGCUAUCAUGAAGGAGAUCAUUACCAAGGCAACAGCAGAUGGAACACUUUCUACAAAAGACUGGGAUAAUGAACCUCUCUUUCCUCUACUAAAUGCAGAUAUGGUUGAUAAGGAUUUGCAGAGUUCAACUCCUGCUUCAUUACCAAAAUAUAAGAUGAGCCCCUCUAGACGAUCCAAAAGUAGGUGGGAGCCUUUGCCACAGGAGAAAUCAGUUGACAAAUUGGCUUCUAUGAAUAAUGACACUGCAAAAUUUGGUGGCUGGAUUCAUGCCAGUGAAAAGGAUAAAAAGCCUAUGAGUGGGAAUUUGGAGAGUAAGAGUGAUGGUUUCAGUAAUACCAGAUUUUCUCUAAUGGAGCAGAAAUCUGCCAGUAAACCUUUCCAGAGGCCAGUUAAGAGGCAGUGUCUUAUUGAUAGAAAUGCUACUGAUAAUGGUGAUGCCUCAAGUGAUAGUGACAAGGAGCAAAGUUUAACAGCAUAUUACUCUAGUGCAAUUGCACUUGCUAACACCCCAGAGGAAAGAAAGAGACGUGAAAAUCGUUCUAAGCGUUUUGAAAGGGCACAAGGGAAUCGAGCAGUAAUUAAUCACUUUAAAACGAAAAAUAUUGGCACUGGAAACUUGUACACUAGAAGGGCUAGUGCUAUGGUGCUUAGCAAAAGCUUUGAAGAUGGUGGUGGCAGGGCUGUUGAAGACAUUGAUUGGGAUGCCCUAACUGUGAAAGGCACCUGCCAGGAAAUCGAGAAACGUUAUUUGCGCCUUACUUCUGCACCUGAUCCUUCCACUGUGAGACCUGAGGAAGUUCUGGAAAAGGCUCUGCUUAUGGUCCAAAAUUCCCAAAAGAACUACCUUUAUAAGUGUGACCAGUUGAAGUCUAUCCGCCAAGAUCUAACAGUACAACGAGUACGUAACCAGCUAACUGUUAAGGUUUAUGAAACUCAUGCUAGAUUGGCACUGGAAGUUGGGGACCUGCCUGAAUAUAAUCAGUGCCAAUCACAAUUGAAAAUCCUUUAUGCUGAAGGAAUCAAGGGAUGCCAUAUGGAAUUUGCUGCUUACAACUUACUUGGUGUUAUCUUGCACUCUAACAACAAGAGAGAGCUCUUAUCAUCGAUGGCAAGAUUAUCUGAUGAAGCAAAGAAAGAUAGAGCAGUUCAACAUGCACUUGCAGUUCGUGCAGCUGUGACUUCAGGCAAUUAUGUUAUGUUCUUCCGACUCUACAAGACAGCUCCUAACUUGAACACCUCCCUUAUGGAUCUUUAUGUCGAGAAGAUGCGUUAUAAGGCUGUGAGCUGCAUGUCCCGUUCGUAUCGCCCUACUGUGCCUGUUUCAUACGUUGCUCAGGUUCUGGGGUUUGCUAGUACUGUACCUUCUAUUGAAGGAAUUGAUGACAAAGAUUCAGAUGGAUUAGAGGAGUGUGUAGAAUGGUUGAAGGCACAUGGUGCAUGUCUUGUUGCAGAAAAUAACGGGGAGGUGCAGCUUGAUGCAAAGGCUUCAUCUUCUAGUCUCUACAUGCCAGAGCCUGAAGAUGCUGUGGCUCAUGGAGAUGCAAAUCUUGCUGUUAAUGACUUUUUGACACGGACUCCAUCCUAGCUAAGGUAUUCAUAUUUCGUUGCACUUAAACCCCAUAUCAUGAAAGUGUGGAAAUUGUUGACGCACAACAAAGAAGAUUGUAAACAUUUCCAGAAUUACCGUGUAGUCCGAGGAAGUUAAUCCCACAGGUAUUGCCAUUAACUUUUAGGGAGGAUGGAUAAAAGCUGUAUAAAAUGAAAUACUAAUGAGAGAAUUUUAAUAUACCCCCUAUUGAGGGCUUGUGCUAAGCAUUGUAGUGUAGUGGUCCUCAUCUUUUUGGAACAUCAGUUCAUUCUUUCUUGGUAAGAAAAUAGAUGUACGCUAGGGGAACAUGAAAUCAUUAAAAUAAGGAAAAUUGACUAGAAUAUAUAUUUUUCUGUAAAAUUUUUUUAGUACAUAGAUCAUAUAAGAUGGAUAAUACAAGAGGGAUAGCCCUUUUCUUUUCUU